GGAUAGCUUAUCAGUUGUUGCCUUCAUGAGAUCUUAUCACGCGAUAGCUUCCUCUCGCUCCCGCUCAAACAAAAGAUUAAGACAACAAACUGGGAAAAUUUCUGGGAGCUUACGUUCGCUGGAAUUGACAAAUUAUAAAGCGACAAAUCGAAAGGGAAGGAAGCUCCUAGCUUCUACACAGUGAAUAAUCGGAUGUGUCAUAGAACUGCCUAAAAUCAAAUGAAGCAAAACAAUUACAGUCAUACGCGCUAUGUUUAGAAUCAAACGUUUUAUAUAUUUUAAGUUCUUAAAGUAAACCUUUAUCAGAAUAGCUCUUUAAAAAGUUUUAUUUUGUGCAUAUAUGUAUUUAUCCAAUAGAAGUCCAAGCAUAUGUAUAUAAUUUAAAACUCCAUAAUUAAUGUUUUUAGACCAGCACAGAUUUUAUAAUCACUUCCAAUGUAACAAGACUCCCAACGUAUUUAAACAAAAACGGUGGGCAGAAUUUUUUUUGUUUUUUGUUUAUAAAGUUUUAUAUAUUGUCCACUAGUAGAAAGUACAAAAUUCAAAAAUGAUAGACAAAAAUUGGUAAUAUUUUUCUGUGCAUAAGUCUUAUCACUGUUGACACAGCUGGAGGUUCUGUUCCGUUGCUGUUUCUCUUUUUGUUUCUGUUUCGGCCUCACUUACUGUUAUUAUUUCUGUCUGUGUUUUUGAUUCUCCGUCUGCUUCAGAACGUGGCGCAUUGCUAGUGGAGAAAUAAAGCAGUUCUUAACUUUUUUGCAGCCCAUCUAUACUAAUCUAAGCCAAUGGUGUAUGGGAUCUUUCCUAAAAGUAGCCAAACAAACCAAAAAAAUCAGAAAACCAUAAAUUACGUAGAACAUUAACCCUAGAAGUAAAGCAAAUCGCAGCUGGUGCCGGUGUCCCCAAGAAGAGAUCCCCAAGAAAUAAUCAACUGAAUAAUACAAAAACCAACAAAUGGUACGCAGUCGUCGCAGUUUAUCCAAGGAGGAUGCAGUCUCCCUGCUCACGGACAGCGGGAUCUCGCUAUCCUCGCCGCCGGCGGCGAGGGACUCUUCUCCAGCACUCACGCAUCCUAUCAAACGACGGAAGAGCAGCCUGGCCAGUUUGCGUGGUGUCUGUGCGGAGGAGGAAGAAGAAGAGCCCGCUGAUCAGGACUCAAAGGAUGCCGAUUAUGUGCAACCACCGCCCAAAAAGUCCCCUCGCAAGGGGGAGGCAGUGAAGCGGAAACAACAUGUCUGCAGCCACUGCUCCAAGGAGUUCGGCGGCAAGACUGACCUUCAGCGCCACAUUCUGAUCCACUCCGACGAACGGCCGCACAAGUGCAAGGAUUGUGGCAAGAGCUACCGCCAGGCGGUCAACCUCAAGAACCACAUCACCACCGCCCACGAACACCGAAAGCAGUUCGCCUGUUCCCAGUGUCCCAAGUCCUUUGCCCUCAAGGAGCGUCUGCGCCUUCAUAUGCGCCUUCACUCCGGCGAGAAGCCGUAUCCUUGCGCUCUGUGCGACAAAAAAUUCGCACGAGGAGGUCAGUUGCAGCAGCAUAUGGUUUCUCAUCAUAAGACGAGCAUCCAGCAGUUCAACUGCACCAAGUGCUCGGCCAGCUUUUCAACUAACGCCAAUCUGCGGGUCCACAUGGAGCGCCACGAGCAGGGCAUGGAGCACCGGUGCGGGAUCUGUGAGAGUCAGUUUGCCAACGAGUUGGCCUUGCGAGCCCACAUAAACCAGGAGCACCACAAGCUCACGCAGUUAGAGUGCGAAAUCUGCCACAAGUCCAUCGAGCCGGAUGAGGAUCUGGCGACGCAUAUGCAGAAGCACGCUGCGGUUAAGACACACGUGUGCGAGGUGUGCAACACAUAUUUUACCCAGAAGAGCCAGUACAAUGUCCACAUGCGGAUGCACACGGGAGAGCGGCCCUACCAGUGUAGGAUUUGCCACCAGACCUUUGCGCACUCCAGCGUACUAAAGCUGCACAUCCGCAAGCACACGGGCGAAAAACCCUUUCGUUGUCAACUCUGUCAGGACGAGGUGGCAUUCUCUCAACUGGCACACCUUAAGAACCACAUGAAGAAGAUCCACAAACAGCAAAAGCCUUAUAUGUGUGAAGGCUGUCACGAGUUCUUCAAGAUCAAGGUGGAGCUGCAGGCGCAUGCGGAGCAGUGCGCCAAGUGUCCUGCGGGCGGUGACGAGUCCGCUGGCAAUCAGUCUGAAGAAGCGGUCAUUCUCUCAACCAUUCGUUUCAACAUGGCAGUGGUUUUAAAGAAGAUUAGCUCGGCCCCCAAGCUGCGUCAGCUGGGCUACGAGAAGCGUCUGAUCGAUAAUGUGAUCAUUGCAUCGCUGAAGUUAGCACAGCGACCGACGCACGACGACGCCAAGAUGUCGCCCUUAGCCAGACUUCGACUGAAUGUGGAGGAGUUCCUGAAAUGGAUUGUGCCAGCGCCUACCAUGAAGAAAUUCAGAGAAGAAUUGCUGUCCAUCGACACGAUUCUUGACAAGAUUGCCACCAUGUAUAUGAAGCAGAAGUAGAAGUCAGAAGUUGCAAGCCAACAUAAAUGCAAGAGUGCCAUAGAAGGAGGAUUUGUAAAACUAGUUCUUGCCAUUUAGCUUAGUUUUUAGUUACCCAAAGUUGCAGAACGAAAACCAACCAAAUAAUUUAUCCCAAAGAUAUAUACUUUUUAGUACUGAUCAUUUUAAUGACCUACCUUAACAUAGUCUCAAUUGCUGCUACCAAAAAGAAAACAAAUUGUAAAACGAAUGAUUAAGUUUGUUUAUUAUCAGUUUUCUAUUAAUGAAGUCUAGAUUUAAGAACAAAUUUUGAUGCAAUAAUUUAUAUAAUAAUAAGUUUAACACGACCGGAUUGAACCCAAAAAUGUUAUUUGGAUUACGUCUUGCCAGAGCAACAGACAACUUAGUGUGGAUCUAACAGCUCAAGUACAAUUAAACUUAUUGUGGCCAUGCAUAUGUAGUAAAUAAACUUAAUGCAUUUAGUUGCUGUUUAAUUUUCCUAACUUUUUUUAUUUUGGCUAAUUUUAACAUUUUCAAGAAAAUUAGUUCAAAGUCGAAAUUAAAUUGUACAACCGAAUAAAUUAAAAACAAAUCAAAACACGCAAGUAAAAUAACGACUAAAUAAAGAGUAUUGUUUGUAAUUGA